AUGGUUGUGGCGACACUAAUCCAUUUGGAUUAUGUAUUCGUCACUCCUGGUUACCUUCCCAAACCACCUGCACCUGGAUCAAGAAAGGGCCAGCCAGUAGGGAUCUACUGCCCCGUCUGCAAUGCUGGAUUAAAGUACUGGACCCCCAAGUCUGACGCAUGGUUCAUCGGGUGCCCCAAUUCUCAACAGCAUAACACACGAACGUGGCGUUGCGAUCAGUUCAACCACGAAAGAACGCUCAUCAAUCUUGGCUUUCCAAGACCAAUCAUCUCGACGUUCAAAGACUGGGGACCAAGAAUCUCACCUGCUGGCCAUAUUCUCGAUCCUCUGCCUCCUCAGGUUUUGCCGACACGCCAUUUCACGCCAUUCUUGGGCGAUUUACUCAACCCAACACCCCUCAACCACCCCUUUCAAGGGCGCGAGUUACAAGGUCCCGUCUUCUCCAACCCAAUGGUCUGGUCCCUGCCGGGCCAUCUUCCCACUGCCAGUUCUUCUGCCAGUCAGCCGGCCUCAAUGACUAAUGAAACGCCAGGCUUGACACCUGGACCUCAUCUUAGUGCGCCACCCGUUCCGUGCAAGAGAACCACGGAGGGCCCUGUCCCAAAGGGACAUCGCAAGCACGCCAACAAGAAGUGUCGUUUCCUUUAUUGUCAGGCGUGUUGCAAUGCUCACGGCCAAGGUGUUUGCCGUGCUCAUCCUCACAACGUCAAAGCCGAUACCCCAUUUUCUCCAUACGGCCGAUCAAUGCCAACAUUGACUCCCACCCCCAACAACACCCCACUUUCCGGCGAAAUCAACCCACGACGCGGUCAGGUCACUGAGCCUCGUUGUCACCAAUGGGCACAAAGCACCAAUUCGCUAGGACGCCGACUUCACGUGGACAGCGUGAUAACUCUCCAUAAGAAUCGACUUGAAAAAUACCAACCGGAAAUCCAGAAGAAGUACGAUGAAACUAAGAUGGUCACAGUAUACCUAUGGUUAAACGAAAUCAAACCGGUGGUGAUCACAGCAUACUUUCAAGACUGGCCACACGCCUGGCUGGAAGAAAGUGAUUUGUUGAUUCAGGCAGUGCUUGGAGAGGUUGGCGAUGUUUGGAACCGCGCAAUCAGCCUGUGGGAUGAAGUGAUUGACGCUUGGCAAGAGCUGAUUGGAGUCCGAAAUACCUGUAUCCAAACUACCCCGGCACAUAGCGCGAAAUACCUGUGGACUACCCCCAUCAUUACUCUUGCACCAGCAAGUCCAUUGUGGUUCGGCUUGAGUGCUUGCGUCAUACCACGCAGCACCACCGCCCACGGUCACGGGGAAUCCUCCUCAGGGCCCAGCCCAUUUUCCAAACCAGCUCCUUCUAUUCCUUCGACUCCCGAUCAAGGUCUCCAAACCUCCUCACCGGAUCCCACACGUGGGAAACAACUCGAUGCCGUUGCGAGUGCCCAUAGCCCUAUCACACCGGUUUCAGAGCGCACUGAAAUGUCGAUGGUAGUUGACCUUAGUCAUUUACCUGACUCUCCUGGCGUAAGCGUGUCCCCUUCCCCCUCAGGGUUCAUUGUAAAACGCGAACCCCUGGACAACCAGAAUGAACGCGACGCCCUGGCUGAGGACAACCAGCGGAACCGCGAGGCACUCCCCGUCGACGACCAACAGGCACGCCAUGACCUGGAGGACGUGGACAACCAGCAGCCUCCCAAUUUUCAACAGGUACCAGCGUUGCACAAUUCCACCUUGGGGAGUGACUGCCCCUCAGACAGUGUUUCACCAUCCGUCGCUGUCACUUCGACAGAUGUAACAGCGAAUCAUCUCCAGCUCAAACCCAGAUGGCCAUCCAAAUCUGUACUCAUUUCCAGUCUCCUCGCCUGGCACCGUGAAGGGCAAAACGGCGACAUGCUUUUGAGUUGGCAGCGACAUUAUGGAACCGAAUGGAAGGAGGUGUUGCCCACCAUGUACCGGUAUCGUGGUUGGAUCAACCGAGUCGGCUACGGGCGAUUUGCUGCUGAAUACGAAAACCAGCCCAAUGCUGUUGUAGGGCAGGCGCGUAUACGUCUUAAGGAGGAAUUCAACUGUGUAGCAUGUGUUGCCCUCCCUGAGAAGCACGGUGAAACGGUCGCGGGGUCUGCAUCAACCUCUCAUCAGAGUUGA